AUUUUGUUUACUUGACCUACAUGUAUAUUGAUUAAAAGAGAAAGUGAAAGUACAAAUGUAUAACUAUAUGCAAUCCUUACACAGAGCGAUCUUUCGAGUUAAAACUGUAUCACAUUGUGCAUGCCGAUGUAAACAGACAAUGCCGAAGAAGGGAAAAGCUUUUGAAAAGAAAGCAGAUGUACAACCUACAGACGAUGGACCUGUUAACACGAAGCCUGACAAAUCUGUAUCAAUUAAAAUUUUAGCCAAACCUGGUGCCAAGCACAAUUCGAUCACAGGUUUUGAAGACGAUGGAAUAGGUGUUCAAAUAUCUGCUCCACCAGUGGACGGAGAAGCCAAUACAGAACUUGUUAAAUAUAUGGCCAAAGUAUUGGGUAUCAGAAAGUCAGAUAUAUCACUAGACAAGGGUUCCAGAUCGCGAAACAAAGUACUGGUAGUUAAUGGUCUAGAAAAAGAUGUCAUAAUCACAAAUAUCAAAAGCCAAAUAGACAAAUAAAUGAAAGACAGGAAUACACUCAAUCAGCAGUAUGAGCUGACUCUAUAGGAUCAAUGAACCACAUUUUCCUACAAGUAUUAUGUUAUUGAAUCGAGGGAUGAGAUCUUCAUGUUUGUCUCCCAAAAUGAAC